UGAGGGCUUUCAUCCCUGCUGGGGUACCUAGGGAAGCUGGGGCCCCAGGUGCAGGGGCAAGGCCAUACUGCUGAGGUCCCAUGCAACCCUGCGGGUCCUAUACACCCUCCUCACAGCCCCAGGGGCCCGCCCCCUGCCCUCCCUGUACACUCCAGCUGAAAUCCGAACACCUCCUGAGCACAAACCUGACCCCCCAGGAAGCUCCCAGAACACAGAGCCUCUUUCACCUGGACACCUGCAGCUUAUGUAAGCAGCUCCAGCCCCUCUGGGGUCCUGACUUUUCUUACCACAGAUAAGAGUAGGUUGAGGUGAGGAUAGAGGAGGAGGUAGGACAGUGGGAAGUGGGGGUGACGGGGCUAAGCCACACACUAGGGCAGCAUCUGCAGGGCAGAGGCUGACAGCGCCUAGGUUAGGGGUGGGGGCUGCCCUCAGUGGCUGGGAGCCCCAGGUGGAGCCCCAAGUGGCAGACUUCCUGGACACUGCUCACCACAGGCUGGCACCGGGCCUGGACCCCGUCCUGAGCCUGCAUGUUGCCCUUGGGAGUCCUAGACUGGGUCCCGAGCCUGGGCGUCCUGUCAGUAAGGUGAAUGCCCAUCACUUCCUGGGAGUCUGGGCUGGGUUGUGAGAGGACCAGGUAGGGGCCUGGGAGCACGGGAGUACUGGGCCUCACCCUCUUAGCUCCCCAUGUGGGGUUUUGUUUGAUGGAAGGGUCAGAAUACUGAUCGGGCGGCCCGACCCUCUCACUGACCCCCACGCUGAGGCUGAGUGCCUGGAACAGAGGCAGGAAGACCAGGGGUUCCCCUUAACUGCCCUGCUUGAGCAUUUUUAAAGGAUUCCACCCCCACCCCACCCCAGUUUCUCCUGUGUGGCCUCUGACUUUUCAGGGCUUGGGGGACGGGGACUGGGUCCUGUGAGCUGAAGCUAGAUCUGGCUCUUGAAGAUGCCUCCCAAAUGGCCUCCAGAAUAAAGGGGAGGGUGAUGAUAGAGCCACAAUUAGUGCUAGGGUCCUGCUGGGGUGGCUGGGCCUCCAGCUCUGGGCAGCGGGCUAUGAGGUGGCCCUCUGGGACCCUUGGUUUUCUAACCAGGGAGUCAGAUUGAGAAAAAUGAGAAAGGUCCUGGAGGGAGGGGGAGCCCUGCAGACAUGGGGACAUCCGAGGCCUCCUGUGAGGUGUAACUGGACCCCUCCGACCUGCUGGACAUGGGGCAUCUGUGGUCCUGACCCCGGCUCUCUUCCUCCACCUCCCAGGGCCCGUCCUUUACAUAAGGCCCCAGCAGGCUGGGCCCUGGGCCAGGCCCUCAGCCAUGGCCUUCACAGAUCUGCUGGACAGUCUGGGUGGUGUGGGUCGCUUCCAGCUCAUCUACACAGCCCUGCUGCUGCUGCCUUGCAGCCUGCUGGCCUGUCACAACUUCCUGCAGAACUUCACAGCUGCCGUGCCCCACCACCACUGUCGAGGCCCCACAAACCACACUGCGGCCGCCACCAACACCUCGGGGGCCUGGCUGAGGGCCAUCGUGCCCCUGGACCAGCUCGGGGCCCCUGAGCCAUGCCGGCGCUUCACAGAGCCUCAGUGGGCCCUCCUGAGCCCCAACACCUCUGCCCAUGAGCCGGCCACAGAGGGUUGCAAGGAUGGCUGGGUCUACGACCGCAGCGUUUUCCCAUCCACCAUCGUGAUGGAGUGGGAUCUGGUAUGUGAGGCCCGCCCCCUCCGAGACCUGGCUCAGUCUAUCUACAUGGCAGGGGUGCUGGUGGGUGCCGCCGUGUUUGGCAGCCUUGCGGACAGGCUGGGCCGCAAGGGCCCUCUGGUCUGGUCGUACCUGCAGCUGGCAGUUUCAGGGGUCGCCACGGCCUACUUUGGCUCCUUCAGCGCCUACUGCAUCUCCCGGUUCCUGAUGGGCAUGACCUUCUCUGGCAUCAUUCUCAACUCCCUCUCACUGGUCGUGGAGUGGAUGCCCACCCAGGGCCGGACCGUGGCGGGGGUCUUGCUGGGGUACUCCUUUACCCUAGGUCAGCUAAUCCUGGCCGGAGUGGCAUACCUGAUCCGCCCCUGGCGGUGGCUGCAGCUUGCCGUCUCCAUUCCUUUCCUCAUCUUCUUCCUCUAUUCUUGGUGGCUGCCAGAGUCAUCCCGAUGGCUCCUGCUUCAUGGCAAGUCCCAGCUAGCUGUGGAGAACCUGCGGAAGGUGGCUGUUAUGAAUGGGAGAGCGGAGGAAGGAGAAAGGCUGACCAAAGAGGUGGUGAGUUCCUACAUCCAGAGUGAGAUUGCAAGUGUCCGCACCUCCAACUCCAUCUUGGACCUCUUCCGAACCCCGGCCAUCCGAAAGGUCACCUGCUGUCUCAUGGUGGUCUGGUUCUCCAACUCCAUGGCUUACUAUGGGCUGGCCAUGGACCUGCAGAAGUUUGGACUCAGCGUAUACCUGGUGCAGGUCCUGUUUGGGGUCAUAGACAUCCCGGCCAUGCUGGUGGCCACCACCACCAUGAUUUACGUGGGCCGCCGGGCCACUGUGGCCUCCUUCCUCAUCCUGGCCGGGCUCAUGGUGAUCGUGAACAUGUUUGUGCCAGAAGAUAUGCAGACCCUGCGCACAGCCCAGGCUGCACUAGGCAAAGGCUGCCUGGCCAGCUCCUUCAUCUGUGUGUACCUGUUCACUGGAGAGCUAUACCCCACAGAGAUCAGGCAGAUGGGGAUGGGCUUUGCCUCAGUCAACGCCCGCUUUGGGGGUCUGGUUGCACCCCUGGUCACCACGCUCGGGGAGUUCAGCACCAUCCUGCCACCCAUCGGCUUCGGGGCUACUUCAAUCUUGGCCGGACUGGCCGUCUGCUUCCUGGCCGAGACUCGCAAUGCACCUCUGGUGGAGACCAUUGAGGCCAUGGAGAGGAGCCCCCACAGGCACACAACGGGUAAAACCAAAAUGCUGAAUGGACUCAAAGGACAUAGAAAGGCUACAAGGCUUCAAGUGCAAAAAAAGAGAGAAAUGGAGGACAAGUGGAACGAACUGUUUCUUUGUGAUUAUGUGAAGAAAUAAUCACAUGCAAAAAUGCCUUAAACUGUUGAACUAAAAGGUUAGAAAUAAGAGCUACAAGGUAAGGAUAAAAACUCUGAUAAAAACAUUUGGAACAUUGAAAAAGUUCUCAAACUGGAGCGAGCUAAAAGUAGACCAAAGAAAUUGGCAAGAGGUGUUAUUAUUAAAAAAAAAAAUGAAGACUAAUGCAAUUAUGCAGAAUAAAACAUUUUUGGUCGCACAAGGAUAAAAUAAAAGUGACCAGAACACAAAUCAUUUCAAAGAUAGAGGGAUAAAAAUGAAAAAGUCAAAACUGCACCUGGUCCAAGGACAGAGAGCCCCACGGGCAGCCCUCACACUAUUUGGAAGGCUAUUCUAGAUGACUUCCUUGUCACCUCCCCACCCCUGAUUCUCUUCCCUGCUUCGGGCUGGCUGAUUCUCUACCUGGAGCAGAGGGAGAAGAGCCCUGACAGUGCCAAGUCCCCUGGGCUCUCUGUGGCUGCCCCUGGUCCACAGGUGAACCAGGCCCAGCACCAGCAAGUUCAGCGAGCCUGGUGCCACGAUGACCAGCUGGGUGACCUUGGGUGCAUGUCUGACCUUGGGUCCUCAUUGGAAAGCUUUUUGACCUUGCAGUCUUUCCUUGAGGUGCCCCAUGAGCACUAGAGGAAGGGCCGCCAUGGCUUCUACCUUUCUUGGGGGCUUUAGGAUGGUAGAGACACACAUCGUGAAUACUGUGCACAUACCACCUGCUUCUCACCACUUCCUUUCUGCCUUUCUGGCUUGUUUUUCCAUUGCCUUUUCAUUUCAACAGAGUCAAAGAAGGUCUUUCCAGGAAGGAUCCGGAAGAAAAGAGGGAAGAAAUUUCUCUCCAGCAGCUGGGAGCUUCUCCCCUCAAAGAAACCAUCUAAGCUGCCAUGAG